AUGCCGAGCAUAUGGAAGUCGGGCUCAAACGCCGGCCGGGUCAAGGCUAGCAGCAAGUCCAUCCGAGGGACCAUAUCGGGACCGAUACCAAUACCAAACGCCCUAGACGACGACAACGAAUUCCCCAUUCGAUCUUUGGGCACAAUCAGGUCCACAAAUGCCGAAGACGAGUUUGGUGGUACCCAGAGACCAGGGACUGGCAGGAUUGCAAGCCCAGCAGCAUCAGCAUCAGCAGCAGUUGAGGCGGCCGAAGGAGGAGCGCUGAUGAAGGAACAGCUCUUUGACAAUCGGCAUCAUGGUGAGAGUAGCGACAGCGACAGAGAGAGAAGCCCGGGUUCGAGGCAGGGCAUCAUCUCGGCAACUGCCGAGGUUUCAGGGGCGAAUAUGGGCGGGAAUGAGGUUACUGAAGUAAUCUCCCAAAGACCAAAAGCGCCAUCAGACCCUCCACCACUGCUGCCACCUCAUUCUGCCGGUGCUACAUCGUCAUCAACAGAAAGACAACGGACGCCGCAGAGAAUCUCUCCGCCGCAAACGUCAUCGCCACUGAGAACGACGCCGGUGAGGGUUAGGACGACACCGACAAUGGGACGGAUCACGAACCCCCCUCAGAGCACAGUUUUGCGAUAUUCGACCAUUAGCGAUACCCCGAGUGGGCAGACCAACAACAGCAAGGGACAACCACAAAGGAAGCAGUCCACGCUGCGCUCGGCACUGGGCAAAUUAUUUGGACGAGGAAAGAAGAAGAAUGGGUUGGCGGCUGGAGAGCAGAGAAACCUCCCCAAUUCCGGGCGCGAGUCUGUUCUUUUGGAGUCUUCUCAGCAGAAGAGUGACCCAAGUGCGCUUCAUCGGAUGACGGAAACGUCCCCCAAGCGAUCUGCCUCGCUUCCCCUCAGUGAGCUUGACAGGCCACUGCGUUCGCAUUCCAUCGGGCCAGACGACAUCCGGGCUAUCGAAAGCGCUCGGAAUUCACUCCAGGCUGAUAUUGGCGGGAACCCCGGAUCUAUCGCAAGGCGGCGCGCUGCAGCAGCAAAUGCAAAUGAGCGCCGGUUCCUGUAUGUGCCGCGCUUUCCUGAAGCCGAAGCAGGUGCCGGCCUUUCGCCACGACCUGCCAGUAGCCACGGGCGUGGAAGUCGAUUGUUUGCUGGAGCUCCACGCGGGGAACAUGAUGACCCAAGUGAAAUCGGGCGCGCCAUCACCAGCGAUAGUGGUAGCCAUGGCAUGCGACGCCGAUCACGGAGCCUUUCUGGACUGCCGGAUAUCUUGGUUGCGGGAAUUGGGCGGGCGCCGGAGCGCCGCCGCAGCGACGAAAUCCGAUACUGGCGUGAGUCCUACAAUGCGGGAUUCCACUCGCCAUUAUCAUCGGAUGCGCACGUCAAUGCCGAUAUUGACAACGACGGUGUAGCAGAUCUCAGCGUUCCCACAAGCCCCGCAGUCGAAAAACCCCCGGAUACGCCCCCGCAGCCGUUCAACUUUGGAUCCAUCUCGAAGCAGAUGGUGGGAAUGAAGAUCACUCAAGUGGCAAGCAUCGACACCCGUCUCGGAACCCUCGAGACGCGAACCGGAAAGUUGGAGCGGGUUGUCGACCAGCUCUGUCACGUAGUUCCCGGGUUCAGGGGCCCGCUCAGCGAUAUCUCGGCGGUUGGAGGAGGGAGGGGAACCGGAGGACCGGGAACCAUCAGAACUGUCUCUGAUGGCCGGCCUUCGUUCACAUACACGGCUGCCUCGCCACCGCCCCCUCCCAUUUUCCCCGUUCCACCACGUCAAGGACAGCAACCAGCUCAUUCCCAGUCCGACAUCAGCCGCUCUCCACGCGCCAGCAGCGAGCGACAGUCGAUGGAUUCAGACACACGCUCACAGAUUUCGUUUGGCGAAGCUCAGACCUUCAAUGGCUUUCUCCAUCUGCCCUCUUCGUCAGCCACCCAGGCACACUCCUUAACCACCGCUACCACGCCCACCACGGCAGCGACUCUCAGCACCCCAUCUCACCCGGAGCACCCCACUGACACAGACCGGGACCGACCAACUUCCAACUCCACCAUCCGCGGCGUUGCCAGCAUGCCUUCGAUGCACGAACACACCACGACGGCCUCCAUCAGUGAAUACUCAUCCACCAAUGCCCACGAUCCGACCUACUACAACCAGUAUCACGCCCUCAUCGGUCAGCUAGAAGCGGAGCGGCAGGCCCGCCAGGCGCUCGAGGGGCAGGUGAAGAAACUGUCAGACCGCUUGAACGCAUUAUCGAGUACCAUGUAUGCUUUAGUGAGGGAUAGCGGGUCUUGGGGGGCACCUGAUCCGUCCAGUCCCAGAUCAGCUUUAGGUGGUGGUGGUGGAGGAGGAGGAGGAGGAGGAGGUAGAGGUAGAGGGUAUCCACCGUCACACAUCCCGAGUGUUUUCGACUAUGAUAAUGACGAUGACGAUCACCAUCCUCAGCAAGGAGACGACGAGGAUGAGGAGGACGAUAUCGACGACAAUGUUGGUCCUGUUCGACAUGGACAUCACAGUGUUGGAGUCGUGUCCAAGGCAAAACUGGCUUUGGUCGCGAAACCUACCUCUAGAGGUAGCGGCGGCGGCGGCGGUCGUGGUCAGGAAGACGCCGAGGCAGGAGACUUCCAAACGCCGAGAGAAGAGUUUCAUACGCCGAUGACGCCGACGUCUCUUUAUACUUAUGGAGCUUUCAGUCCUGAUCAUGAGCUUGAGAGCGUUGGCGACGAGACAGAGUCUGGCGGGGAUUCCUCCGAUACCAGGGCGGAGAAGAAGCAGAAGAAGGCAGCUCGGACAUUGAGUUUGAGUCAAUUGACGAUGGGUAAGAGGAUCUGA